ACAGGUCGGAGAAAGGAUUUCAGAUGGCAAAAUACACUUGGAUUUUCUACUUUUCAAAGAUUUUCGAAUUCAUGGAUACUUUCAUCAUGGUAUUGAAGAAAAAUAAUCACCAGAUUACAUUCCUACAUAUUUAUCAUCAUUGUUCUGUCUUUAUAAUCUGGUGGUGGGUGAUUUACGUGGCUCCUACCGGAGAAACAUAUUUUAGCGCCGCUUUGAAUUCAGUUGUCCACGUGAUAAUGUACGGCUAUUAUUUAAGCACCACCCUCUCGUUCCCCAUCCGAUUCAUUAAACGUUAUAUAACUCUCAUGCAAAUGACUCAAUUUGUUCUAAAUAUGGUUCAGGCUACUUAUGAUAUUUUCUAUUUUAAGUUCUUAUACCCCACAUUGAAAGAAGCGGGAAAGGGAAGCCAGGAAAAAGAAUGCACUUGGAGGGAAGAAGAAAGCUCUGUAAAAAAAGAAUUUAGAAAGUGGACUGGACUAAUCGGGUUCGCAUCUCAUUCGCUCUUAAUGUAA